AUGAAGGUGCUUAGAGCUGGGUCGAAGGAGGCCGCCUCCUGUCCGGCCAUCAUCUCUGUUGCAGGAGCCACGGUGGACCUCCCCCCCGAACAGUGGAAGCUGCUCGAUGAGGAUAAGCAUCCGCUCACGGCUCGUCUGUUCGACUUUGUCACCGGGUAUCUAGAGAAGGAGGUGCAUGAGCACAUCCGAAUCGACGCGACGUCAUUGAAGGGCUCCUGCGGCAAUCUCGCUUGUCUGUUCGCGUUCGACAAGAUCCUUGCCCAGUUGGACGCGGUCGCUGCCAGUGGAUCCGGGCCGCAAUUCGCGAAGACUCUGAAUGCACUACGGCAUGAGGCGUACCAAAUCGCCGAAGAGCUCGCGUUCAACUUGAGCGUGGAUUUGACGCGACCCAAGCACGGCGGUGAGGCUGAAGGUGCUGAAACGGGGAAGGUGCAGAAAGUGGCAACGGGUGCGCAGGUUGCUGACCAUGGUGUUCACGCUCUCACAGGUGCCGCUGGUGUUUCGAACCGCGGAGGUGCUCGGGGGGGGACGGUGGUCCACACUGAUGACGAAGGGGCCGAGGAUACCGCGACUAAGGGUGCAACCCGCGAUGAGGCUGACCGCGCUGUUGCGCGUGAGGGGGAGGAGUCGAGUGAGGAGGAGGCGGAGGCUCACGUGGUAGCGGCCGCGACAUCCAGCAGACCCACUACAUCCGGCAAGAGCAUCAAGCACCUCGCGCAGCACUUGGCCCUUGGUGCUGGAAGCGCGGGCCCGAGUGGUGAGGUCGCGGGCAAGAGUCCCGUGACAGCUCGAAUGCAGGCUUGCAGCGCAGGCCGAAGAGAACGCACGGCUGAAGAAACGCCAGGAGUCGGGGUUGGUGGGGUCGCGGUCGUGGGCUCUGAGGAGCUUGCGUCCGCGCUUGCUAAUGCGGUUUGGGUGUUGGAGAAGGAGGCGCGGGCGAUUGCGCAGGAAAGGGCGGCCCUGGUCGAUACGCGUAACCAGGAGGCGUUGGUGCUGAGGCGAGUGGACGCGAGGCUGGGUCAGCUGCAGGGGGUGGUGGCAGACUCCAUGGAAGCCGCUCAGAAGAAGCUGAUGGACGAGGUUGCGGGAAGUUCGACAACAUGUCGACCGCGGGGCAAGGGUAAGGCGGAGGAUGGAGAGGCGCCGGUAACUGCAGGUUCGCUGGCCUCGAGGCGUGAUGUCCAGUCCGCAGCGGCUGCUGCGGCAGAGGGCAGGCAGACCACGCUCGCACCCGCUCGUGCUGUAAUCACCACGGGAAAUCUGCACAGCGCACUGGCAUCUGCAGGUCCUAUCGCGGCCUCGGUCGAGGUCAAGGCGGAGAAACGCGGACGGGGUGGCAAGAAGUUGCCCCCUCCACCCGUGUACACGUUCGACGAGGACAAGGCGGAUACGGAGCUGGAGGGUCUCAUGAGCAGGUGGGUCGAGGCGGGCGACGGAGGAGAGCAGGGUGGGGAGGCCGCGGUCGAUGUUAAUUGCGCCAGGGAGAGCGCGGACGAGCAAGACGGAGACCCCGUGAUCGUGGAAGGUGGCACAACGGGAGGACAUGGUGAUACCGGCCCCAAGCGCAGGGGCUGCGGCAUCCGCGCUCCACCUAGGGGCGGGCCCGGAUUGGUUUCUGAACCCCAUCUAGGGGGGAAGAAGCGAUGGCUUGGACACGCCGACCGCCAAGACCUGCAGUACAGGACCGCGAUCGCGAUGUAUCCCUGCGACGGGAAGGUCGACCCCGAGCUGAACCUGAGCCAGCAGCAGAUCCGAGAAUGGGCCGCGGACCUAUCCAUCGCCGAGGGGUUACAUAUGGGCCUCUUAAUCACCAUGCACUACCGCAACCUCGUGGCAAGCAAGGACAGGUGGCAACGCAUGUUCGAUUCAUAUCGCGGGCUAACCAAGCCCGGAAUGCAUACCACCAACGUGAUUGCAUGGGCCGCGGUGGUAGGCAAGGACGGUGCAGCAGAAGAAGCGGAUCUCGGCGAUGUGGAGCCGACAGACUACGCGAGAGCGAUCGCAUGCGCCAUUGCAAUGGUGUGGGAGGUCACUCGCGGUUCUAACAUCAUUGCCGCAGCAGAUAAUGGAAAUCUCGCCGCGCGUGCUGCUGGUUGCUAUGGAGAGCGAAGCCGUCUCUUCCCCGUAGUAUCCGCGUACGUCAUCAAUGCGGUGUGGAAGUGCAAUCGCCGCGAACAUUAG